AUGCUUCAGACGAAACAAAUAUCCAAAGUGCUAUCACAGGGAUUAAAGCCAAUUUCAAAAGAGUUAUCUACAAAUGGUGUUAAUCAACCGCUUUCAUUAUCGUUGUUGUCUCAUUCAGGAUUGCCUCUAACUACUGUAUCGAACCAUUCGGUGGAAAAGGAAAGCUUGACAGUUGAUAACUUGAAAAUAUAUUCAUUGCUAGCAAUGAGCCACUUUAAAGAACCAAAUAAUACGGAAGAGGAUGAAGUGGAGAAUGCUAACAAUACAAGGAAAGGGGAAUCAAAUUGGGCCGGAAUGGCAAUCAAUAAGAACUUGCAUUUGAUUAUACAAAAGGUGGAAUAUGCCGAAAACGUUACUAAUGGGGAUAACAAUGAAGGAGGCGAACAAAAAAUGGUACCGGAAAAUGGCGAAGAUAACUUGUAUGUAGUUAUAUUCUACAAGAGUGAAUUCCCACAUGCAAUAGCCAAGUUGAAGAUUGAUAAUGUGUGUAAUGCAUUGGCUGAAGGGCUUAAGGGAUAUAAUUGA